CUCCCACUGUGGGUGCUGCUGAGUCAUGUGUUCCCUGUUUUCUUUAUUUUGGGAGGGGAGUCCCAACAAGACAAUUCUUCUCCCUCCCGCGUUCCUCAUUUCCCCCUUCCUACCCUGCUCAACCCGAGGCUACCGUCUUCUCUGAUUCUCCCCAUUCUUUCCCCAAUCUCCCCUCGUCUUCCCGGCAGCAGAUAGAAGCUGUACCUGUUUCUCUGCGAUUUGGGCUUAUCUCCUGGUGCUCAAAAGCUCAAGCCUUUCCAGGGCUGGAAGGCGACAAAUCGGAGGGGAUUCGGAGCGCAAAGCUUUGUAUCAAGGUUGCGAGGUUUUCUGCGUCCAAAGGUGGGCGCUUUUGCUUAUCUCCUUAGCGGAAAUCGCUUGCUUUGCGUGGGAAAGUCCGGAUCUUCUCCACAGAUUCGGGUUUGAAAUCUGUGUGUGAGUCGACGAACAAGAUUUCGAUAGGCGUAGUGCUGACUUCUUGUUUGGUGGUCUCGGAAUUUAUAAACCAAAGAAGGCUUGCCGGCUGAUAGAAAAGAUAAGGCACAGCCACAAUAUUGUGUUGGCAGUGUUUUUGUUUUGCCUUUUCGGUGUAUUGUGUAAGGCCAGUAGUUACUAAUGCUUUGUCAUUUGCAUAUGUUGUUGCUAGCAGCCUCGCUUUGAAGAUCUUGAUCACCACAAGAAAUUUCCAGUUAUUGUGCCUUCUCACUGGACAUGUCCUUCCGCAGCAUAGUCCGUGAUGUUAGGGAAAGCUUUGGUAGCUUAUCAAGACGGAGUUUUGAGGUGGGUUGGUCUUCCUCCCGAAUUGCUUCGAGAUGUAAUGAAAAGGCUUGAGGAAGGCGAGAGCACUUGGCCAUCCCGCAAAGUUAUUGUUGCUUGCGCAGCAGUUUGUGGAACAUGGAGAGAGAUAUGUAAGGAUAUAGUGCCGAGUCCGGAAUUUGGUGGAAAGCUCACUUUUCCAGUGUCACUUAAACAGCCGGGACCUAGAGAUGGAAUAAUAGAGUGUUUUAUAAAAAGGGACAAAUCAACAUCAACUUAUUAUCUUCACCUAUGUCUUAGUCCUGCUGUCCUCAGCGAGAAUGGGAAAUUUCUACUAGCAGCUAAGAGGAAUCGCCGUACAACUUAUACUGAGUACAUCAUUUCUAUGGAUCCUAAAAAUAUAUCACGUUCAAGUAAUGGCUAUGUUGGAAAAAUGAGGUCAAAUUUUCUUGGCACGAAAUUCAUCAUAUACGAUACUCAGCCGCCAUACAAUGCUGGGAGCCUUGUCUCAUGCGGGCGCGGCAGCCGUAGAAUCUCCUCUAGGAGGGUUUCCCCCAAGGUACCCGCUGCUAGCUAUCCCAUUGCCCGGGUGAACUAUGAGCUAAAUGUGCUUGGCACAAGGGGGCCCAGGCGUAUGAAUUGCACCAUGCAUUCCAUCCCAGCCUCAGCACUGGAACCUGAAGGCAUGGUCCCUGGCCAACCCAAGCAGCUCUUCCUCCCUGGCUCGUCUGCCUAUGAGGAAUCCUUUCGCAGUGUAAAUACCGCUUCCAGCUCAAGGUUCUCGGUUACAGACCACUCCUUGGAUUUCAGCUCCUCUCGUUUCUCAGAGGUAAGCGGAGUGAUCCAGCAAGGUGAGGAUGAUGGUCAGGCCAAGGAGAGGCCUUUGGUUCUACGCAAUAAAGAGCCAAGGUGGCACGAGCAGCUGCAGUGUUGGUGCCUCAACUUCCGUGGCCGGGUGACAGUGGCUUCUGUGAAGAACUUCCAGUUGAUAGCUGCGGCAUUGCUAGAUGCUGAGCCCUCUGAAUCGUCGCAGCAGGCUCAGCAGCAAACCCAGCCCUCGAGUUCAUCUUCAGCAUCCGAUCAUGAUAAGGUGAUCCUGCAGUUUGGAAAGGUUGCCAAGGACAUGUUCACAAUGGACUACCGAUACCCGCUCUCAGCAUUCCAGGCCUUCACCAUCUGUUUGACUAGCUUUGACACCAAGCUGGCUUGUGAAUAGAUUAGAGAUAAGAACAGGCAUGUAGGUCAAUAAGUAUUUAUAUGCUGUGUGCGCGCGCUAGUGUAGUUUGCUGCCGUGUUGAUUCCGUCCUUUGUUGUGUGGCUUGUCAAAGCUAAGAACCAGCAUUUGUUUUGAGCUGCAGGUGUUUGGUACAAUUUUUCAUGUCUGUAACUUGUAAUGGCAAAACGUGCAGACAUUACCUCAAGUCUUCCAGGUUCCAAUUCGGCAAUUCCUUGAUGGUUUCAC